AUGUUAGCUGUCAUGGACGGCCUCAUAGUCUAUGGACCACGAGUCCUUAUUCCAUGCUGUCUAAGAAGGAAAACCUUGGACCGCCUGCACGACAGCCACCAGGGUAUAGAGAGGACGAAACGACGCGCUCGGCAGUGUGUGUACUGGCCGAGAAUAGACACUGACAUUGAAAAUAUAGUUUCUUCCUGUACAGCGUUCCGCCAGUUGUUACCAAGCCUGCAGAGGGAGCCGAUGCUUCAGGACGACACACCUACCCGUGUCUUUGAGUAUGUCUCGGCCGACUUUUUCCACAUGGCUGGCCGCACGUUCCUGGUGUAUGUGGAUAGACUCUCAGGAUGGCCGUAUGUAUUUAGCUGCGCAAGGCCUGCUUCCUCGGCUCAGCUUGUCUCACUUUUACGCAAGCUCUUUGUGGACACUGGUGUACUUACCGUACUCAAGACUGAUGGAGGUCCUCAGUUUACGUCAUCGCAAGUGCGACGCUUCUUGACGCGAUGGGGGGUGAAACAUCGUAUUUCCUCUCCUCACUUCCCUCAGUCGAACGGUCAUGCAGAGGCGGCUGUGAAACUCGUCAAGAAGUUGCUAAUGACCACUACGCAGAACGGCAACCUGGACGAUGAUGCUUUCAAUCGAGGCCUGCUGGAACUAAGAAACACUCCUCAUGGUGACGGGAGGUUGCCAUCACAGGUAUUAUUUGAACAUCCUUUACGAUCCUCUGUCCCUACUCACUAUCGUUCCUUUGCAGAGGAGUGGCAGAAAGCAGCGGCAAAGUGUGACAGCAAAGCAGUAACUCUUCGUCAACAAGCCAAGGACAGAUACAACGCCAGGUCUUGCACACACUCCCAACUCAUUAUCGGAACACACGUGGACGUGUUCAACCACACAUCGAACCAUUGGAAUCGUCAUGGCGUGAUCGUGGCCAUAGGAUCCCGGUGUGACUACUUGGUAAAGCUGGGUAGUGGGAGGACUUGGUGGAGGAAUCGCAGGUUUUUAUGCCCACAUCACCCAUUCCUCACGAGCGCAACCACUGGUGAAAUGCGUUCGUCGGAAUCGUUGACUAUUCAACCUCCAGCCUUGCGUGUACCUCAGGAGGAGAAGUGCGAGGACAGUCAACCUGCCCCUCUACGCCACAGUGGACGCCAGCGACGGGAGCCAAGCAGACUCACUGUACGCUGGGAUAAGAAGUCUUACGACUAA